AUGGUAAUGCUGAGCGACCAUUCCAUGCGUGCCAGCCUCCAAGUGGCGCCCUUGAAGCUUCACAAAUCCCGAUCCUGCGAUGCGCUGGCCUCGAAACAACAAUUACAACACCAACAACAACAACUACAACAGCAACAGGACCACCCCGCCUCGUCCACCAAGUCCUCCUACACAUCGAAACACAUGACGCCGCCCGCGACGCCCAAUGGCUCGCAGGAAGACCUGGCGGCGGCGGCGGCGGACCAGCAGAUGCCGCCGCCCGUCUUCCACAACUUUUUGCGAGCCUUCUACCCCUUCCAUCCGAGCUACGCCAUGACGGACUCGAGCGUCACCUUGCCAUUGAACGAGGGGGACGUCAUCCUUGUCCACUCGAUCCACACCAACGGCUGGGCUGACGGGACCCUGCUGGUGUCGGGCGCGCGAGGAUGGCUGCCGACCAACUACUGCGAGGCCUACGACCCGGACGAGAUGAGGAAUCUGCUCAAGGCCCUGCUCAACUUCUGGGAUCUGCUGCGCAGCACUUCGGUCAACGACAGCGAGAUCUUUGGCAAUCAGGAGUUCAUGAAGGGUAUCAUUGCCGGUGUGCGCUAUCUCCUGGAACGCACGCAUUGCCUAACGAGGGAAUCCGCCAUGAUCACGCGCAACGACAGCCUGAGACGUGCGAGAAAGACGCUGCUCUCGGAGUUGUCGGCCCUGGUGAAGACGGCCAAGCGGCUGCAGGAGGCCCAGAAGGGCGUCGCCCGGCCCCGCGAGGACGUCAACGACAUCAUCGACGAGAUGAUCCUCAAAGCCUUCAAGAUCGUCACCAAGGGCGUGCGCUUCUUCGACAUCCUCGAGGACGACCGGCGGCAACGGGCGCCCGCCGUGACGGUCAUGGCUACCGUCAUCGAGGAAACCUACAUCCCGCCGACGCCGCCGGCCGAUCACGUCGAGUUUGCCGACGAGAACAACAACAACAACAACAACAACCACAGCAAUAACCACCGUAAUCAUAAUCGCAGCAAGACAGGCUCACCGCGUAAACUGACCAACGGAACACCGAGCCGGGGCACGGCCUCACGGGCAGGCGAGAUGACAACGGCAGCGACAGCGUCAGCGACGACAACAACAGCAGCAACGUCCACAACAUCAACAACAACAUCAAGGCCGCCAUCGUCAUCUUCCUCGUCGUCCACAACAAACGCCCCGGCCGGCAGCAGAGGCCUCUCCACCACCGUCGGCUCCCCCUCCAGUCCCAAGUCGCACAGGAUGUCUCAGAACGUCAAACGGCUGUCGGCCAACAUCUCGCACCGCGUCUCACUGGCCGGCCCUUCUCCGCUGUCAAGGCCGCAUCAUCUUGUCUCGGAACGCCUCAACAAGAGCCACGACACCUUUCUGUCCCACCUGGGCUCCUUCAUCGGCCGCCUGCAUCUUCAGUCUCAGUCGCGGCCCGAGCUGGCCUUCGCCAUCAAGCUGUCGGCCACGUCGGGCGGCGAGCUGCUGGCCGUCGUCGACGUCGUGUGCGGGCAGAGCACCAACGCCGAGAUGCUGGCGCGCGCGAGGGACAUGAUGUUUGAGCGCAUCCGCGAGCUCGUGAGGGCGGCCGGCCAGAUCAUCCGCCACGCCGUGUUCCAGGACGCCGACGUCAUCAUGCCCCAGGACAACAGCAUGCUGCUGAUGGCGGCGACGGGCUGCGUCAAGGCCGCCGGCGAGUGCGUGGCCAAGACCAAGUGGGCGAUCGAGCGAGUCGGCGACUUUGAGUGCGAGUUCGAGGCCGGCGACCUGGGCAUCGACCUCGCCGUGCUCGACAUCGGCGGCGACGGCCCGGAGCACCACGGCCGGCGUCCGUCCGUAGCACCCUCGGUCGCGGAGACGGCGACGACGGAGGCGACGAGCGUGGCAGCCGGAAGAGAGGGGGAAGAAGAAGAAGGAGGAGAACAAGGAAAAGGGUCUACCUCGGCGAGGAGCGCUGCUGACUCGAUGCAAUCUGCUGUUGUGCCGCCAACGCCCCACAGCAACCAUCAACAUCCUCCUCAUCAUCAACAACGGCCCAGCAUCGCCAACGACAAGCCGCUGCCUCAACUUCCUCCGGCCGUCGCUGCCGCCGCCGCCGCCGCCGCCGCCGCCUCCGGGUCCGAUGCUGCUCAGCCGGCUUCUAUUCUUCACCGGGGACGCCCUUCAUCUCAGAACUCGUCGUCGUCUGCUCACAACUCGCGCCCUUCGUCCGUCAACAACGACGGCGUCUCGAGUGUGGCGUCGUCCGUCUCGUCGAUCCGCCCGACUCUGCCGCCUCUGCCCAAACUGUCCACAUCCCUGCUCCCGGGAGAUGAGUACAGCCCCAUCGACAACACAAACCAGGAUGGCGGCGACUUUCACGGCAGCCACAGCAACAACAACAUCAACAGCGGCAACGGCUCGUAUCAUCGUGCUGACAGUAUAGCCGUGUCGAGCGCCGGCAGCAGCACCACCUAUCUCAGCCGAGACUCGGAGGCCAGCCUCGUGUCGCAGACGUCGACGCGCGCAACGACGCCGGACCACGCCCUGGGCCUGAAGCUCAAGCCCUCCAUGUCGGAGCUCAGCAACGCCGGCAGCGCCAACAACAGCAACGGUAACAACAACGACGAGGUGGACGAUGUCGAGUCCAAGAUGCUCGAGAAGACGUACGCUCACGAGCUCAUGUUCAACAAGGAGGGCCAGGUCACGGGCGGCUCGCUCCCUGCUCUCGUCGAACGCCUCACGACGCACGAGUCGACGCCCGACGCGACCUUCGUCUCGACCUUUUACCUCACCUUCCGUCUCUUCUGCAGCCCCCUCAAGCUGGCCGAGACGCUCAUCGACCGCUUCCACUACGUCGCCGAGGCCCCUCACAUGGCCGGCCCCGUCCGGCUGCGCGUGUACAACGCCUUCAAGGGCUGGCUCGAGUCGCACUGGCGCGACGAGACGGACCGCGAGGCCCUCGCCCUCAUCGAGCCCUUUGCCCAGUUCGAGCUCGGCGCCGUGCUGCCCUCGGCCGGCCGCCGCCUCCUCGAGCUGGCCCAGCGCGUGUCCAAGGACAUCGCCCUCGUGCCCCGCCUCGUGUCGUCCAUGGGCAAGACCAACACGUCCAUCGCCCAGUACAUCCCGGCCGACACGCCUCACCCGCCGCUGGCCGUGACCAAGGGCCAGAUCAACCAGCUCUUCGCCUGGAGGAACGGCGGCAGCAACCCGACGGUGCUCGACUUCGAGCCCCUCGAGCUGGCCCGCCAGCUCACCAUCAAGCAGAUGAACAUCUUCUGCUCCAUCAUGCCCGAGGAGCUGCUCGCGUCGCAGUGGAUGAAGAAGGGCGGCGUCGACGCCCCCAACGUCAAGGCCAUGUCGGCCCUCUCGACGGACCUGUCCAACCUCGUGGCCGAGACCAUCCUGCAGUACUCGGAGGUCAAGAAGCGAGCCGCCGUCAUCAAGCAGUGGAUCAAGGUCGCCCACCAGUGCCUCGAGCUGCACAACUACGACGGCCUCAUGGCCAUCAUCUGCAGCCUCAACAGCAGCACCAUCAGCCGCCUCCGCAAAACGUGGGACUUUGUCUCGGUGAAGCGCCGCGAGAUGCUGCGCACGCUGCAGGCCAUUGUCGAGCCCGCCCAGAACAACAAGGUGCUGCGCACUCGCCUGCACGACCACGUCCCGCCCUGUCUGCCGUUCCUCGGCAUGUUCCUGACCGACCUCACCUUUGUCGAUAUCGGUAACCCACCGACGAAGCAGAUUCCUACCCUCAGCGGUGGCAGCGGCGGCGGCGGCGGCGGCGGCGGCGGUGGCGAUGGCUCCGAAGAGAAUGGCGGCGGCCUCACCGUCGUCAACUUUGACAAGCACACGCGCACCGCCAAGAUCAUUGGCGAACUACAGCGCUUCCAGAUCCCCUACCGGCUCACCGAGAUCCCCGAGAUGCAGGACUGGAUGGCGUCGCAGAUUGUCCGCGUCCGCGAGAGCGACCAGGGCCAGGUCAGCUACUACCGCAAGAGCCUGCUCCUCGAGCCCCGUGAGAUGGCGGCGAUGAGGCCUACCCUUGAAUCCCAGACCAGCUCGGCGUCGACGAUGACGAUGGCGACGGCCAUGACGCCAACGACGACCACGUCGUCAUCGACGGCUUCUUCCGUCACCCAGCGAGGCGGUGAUCUCUUUGGCUGGAUGAGCCGAGACCGUGGCGCCUCGACACCGACGCCCACUCCGCUGUGA